CAGUUGGUAAUUCUGUCAUCUUAGGUGUUAAAUUAAUUAAUAUCUCAAAUAUUGGGAUGUAGAGGUACUCUCGGGAUUGGAAGGUUUGCAGGGGAUAUUUGUUUGUCACGCAGAGAGAGAGAGAGAGACAUUCUUGACACUGAGCUUGAGUUUUCGGAGUUGGGCAAAUGCCGGGAGAAUUUUGGAGAGUGGGUUGAGAAUGCAAGAUAUGCAUGCUGUAGGAGGAGGUGGUGGUGGUGGGAGGUUCUUGGGUGGCGGAGACAGGCGGCUGAGGCCGCACAACCACCCCACCCACCAGCCCUUGAAGUGUCCUCGCUGUGACUCGCUCAACACUAAGUUUUGUUACUACAAUAACUACAAUCUCUCUCAGCCGCGUCACUUCUGCAAGAGCUGCCGCCGCUACUGGACUAGGGGCGGCGUACUCCGCAACGUCCCUGUCGGCGGAGGCUGCCGGAAAACCAAGCGCUCGAAGCAGAAAAGCAGCGCUGCGUCUCCUGGGGACGCGUCGAGAGAAAUGAGCUUAUCGAGCGUUCAGAGUUCGAGCAGUGAGAGCUCAAGCCUAACCGCCGCCGCCACGGCGACCACGACCACGGCUACUCCUACCUCGGCCGUGCCGGACGAAGGUUCGGCACCGAGCAACACUUCGUUGAGCUCAGCCGUGGCGUUUGAUUUCCCCGACGGGAGGUUCUUCAGUGUGAUGAACCGUCUGGCGACGGAUCGUAACAUCAAUCACCAACCAUUAGCCAAUCAUCCUUCCACGGAUGGUCAGAUCUUCCAGGCGGAGAUCAGUAGCUUCACGAGACUGAUGACUUCGUCGGAGGAAAUGAUGGGUUUUGGUAUGGGAGAAGCUUCGACGACAUCGUACGGGCGGGAGCAACAAGCGAACCAAGCACCGACAGCAAAGAAUCCGGACCCGGGCACUGCGGCGGUCGAUGAGUUCAAGAUGCAGGAUGUCAGCGACGAGGGGCUGGCGGCGGCGCUGGAGUGGGGAAGCGGAGGAGACGAAGAGCUGUUUGAUCUAACGGCUGGCGUCGAUCCUGCUUACUGGAGUCAACCCCAAUGGACUGACAACGAUCAAUCCAUUAAUUACCUUCCUUAGUCACAAUCUCAAUGUCACGGUUCCCUUUUGUUUCUUUCUUUCUUUUUUUUUCCUUUUUAAAUUCUCCGUAUACAAAUAUUUCGAAAUAUCCCUUUCUUGUUAUAUAAUGUAAAUUUUUAUUUUCUA